AAAUAAAAUUAAAAAAAAAAAACCAAAAACCCUCUCCAAUCUCCUCCUUCUUCCUCUUUAGGGUUUAGAAAAAAUUCGAAUUUACAGAAAUCUCUUUCAAUGUCAAACCCUAAAACCGUCGAUUCCUCGCUUUGGUUUGAUUCUUUCACUACCAUCCUCACGGACCUCGAAAAUGCCUCUCUCUCCUCUGACCUCCCUCCUCACCUCGCGAAGAAGUUGAAGGACAAUCACGCAUGGUUUGUGGAAACUGUUUCUCUAUUCAAGAAACCGAAUGCGAAUUCACGAGAGGCUUUGGAUUCGGAGAUAAUCAAGAUUGGAUCUCAUGAAGUUACUGUCAAGCCUGAAUUGAAAGUUAAAGCUUUGCACAUUAGCUCUUAUCUGUGUUUAGAUGAGGUGCAGUCGUAUAUUCUUGUUGAGAGGUCUCUUGAAUGUGAUGAUUUAGCGGUUGAUUCUAUGGUUGAAGACUGUCUUCAUGUGGUAUUGCUCCAGUUCUACAUUGAGCGACAAUGCUUGCUGAAGUGUUCUAGGCGAAUUCUUAUGCAUGCUUUGUACGUUGGAAUUUGCUCCAAAGAAGAAAAUGUUGUAUGGGAUGAAGCAGCAAAGUUGAUUUCAGAUGGGUUGGAACAUAAAUUAAUCUCUGUCUUGCAGGACCUUUUAUCCUCCAGUCAUCCUGAGCAAAUGGAUGUUGAUCUUUUCACUUUGUGGGCUGAGGAGACACUGAUUGAAGACAAUUUGGUUUUGGACAUUCUUUUCCUGCUUUAUUACGAGUCACUUUGUACUUGUAAUGGUGAAAAAUGGAAAAAACUGUGCUUGCUUUACAAGGGGAUCUUAUCUGGUUCGUAUAACUUUGGAAAGCUGGCAAUCUCAGCUGAAGCACUAAAGUCUUCUUAUCAUGCCUGCACCCAGCUCCUACUUAUUCUUAUAGAAACCCUGGACCUUGAAAAUCUUCUUCAACUGAUGCAUGAUGGAGUACCUUUCAGGCAGGGUCCUUCUGUGUUUUCCGUGACUGAUAUCCAACAGAUGGAUGUGUUAAUAUCUAGUUUUGUUACACUUGGAACGAGAGAAGCUGGCCCACUAAUUCUUGCUUGGGCGGUAUGUCUCUGUCUAAUUUCAUCACUUCCUGGAAGUGAGGAAAAUAGUGUACUAAUGGAGAUUGAUCAUGUUGGCUAUGUUCGUCAAGCCUUUGAAGGUGCAUCGCUGAGUAUUUUUGUUGACAUUCUUGAAAGUGAUUUGUUGAAGGAAUCAGAUGGACCUGUUGCUGGUUAUCGAAGUGUCUUGAGAACCUUUAUUUCUUCAUUCAUUGCAUCUUAUGAGAUUAAUCUUCAGUUAGAGGACAGCACCCUCAGUCUUAUACUGGAUAUCCUUUGUAAUAUAUAUCGGGGAGAGGAGUCACUUUGUAUUCAGUUUUGGGACAAGGAAAGUUUUAUUGAUGGUCCUAUUCGGUGUCUUCUUUGCAACUUGGAAGGUUUAUUUCCCUUCAGGACUGCAGAAUUUGUUCGUCUUUUAUCAGCCCUUUGUGAAGGAAGUUGGCCAGCAGAAUGUGUGUAUAACUUUCUUGAUAAAUAUGUUGGUGUAUCUUCCUUGGUUGAAAUUACUAGCGAGUCCCUGGUUGACAGCGCCUCUCAAGCAGUUGAAACUCAACUGCCACUGCAUGUUCCUGGGGCAGACAGUUUAGUCAUUCCUAGUAAAACUCGUGGACAUGUUUUAAAAGUUAUUGAUGGGAAUACUGCUCUUGUACGUUGGGAGUAUGCACAAUCAGGGGUGCUUGUCUUGCUCCUGCGUUUGGUCAAUGAGCUUUAUCUGGAGAGCAAAAAGGAAGUUUUUCUUACUUUUGACCUUCUGAGCCGACUAGUGUCUUUUAACACGGCCAUAACUUUUACAAUGAUGGAAAUUGGCAACACAUUUUAUCUUCAAGCUGCAGGAGUGAAUGAGCAGAUGGAAAAGAAGUUUUGGGUAGUUGAGGUCAUUUGUGCUGUGAUAAAAAAAUCGUCUUCUAAUUCUGGCAAUGCUGCAGUAAUGUCCAUGGGUAUCAGUAUUUUAGCAAGUAUGUUGAGAUGUGCUCCAUCUCAUAUUGCUGCUGUUGUCCUGAAAGCAAAUAUAUUUGAUGCGACUUGGAAGACAAGUGCCUUUGAAGUUGGCUGUGAUGGCCCAUCAAGUGGAUCGUGGUUGCUUUCGGGAAAACUGGUAAAAAUGCUAUUACUAGACUCUGAGCAAAAUGAUUAUGACAAACCAUUAACUAUAUCAGUGCUGGAUUUUACCAUGCAGCUAGUGGAGGCAAGAUUAGAGAAUGAUCUGGUUCUGGCCUUGGUCGUUUUCUCUCUGCAGUAUAUUCUUGUUAAUCAUGAGUACUGGAAAUACAAGGUGAAGCAUGUUAGAUGGAAAGUAACACUGAAGGUAUUGGAAGUAAUGAAAACAUGCAUCACAUCAGUCUCAUUCUCUGAAAAAUUGGCCCUGGUAGUCCGAGAUAUGUUACUCAAUGAUUCUUCCAUCCACAAUGCACUCUUUCAUCUUGCUUGUACAACCAAGCAAACCUUAGAGAAUCUUUAUGUCAGCCGUCUCGUUGAACUGGAGGAGAUUGAAGGGUGUCAGCUUGCUAUUAGCUCUGCUUUGGAUAUUAUAUAUAUGAUGCUCUCCAAAUUUUGUAAGGAUAUCUCACCGAAUCUUCCAGUCUUUCACCUAUCAGUGCUGUCAUCUACUAUGAAACCAAUCCCUGUUGUUGCAGCUGCUAUAUCGUUGAUAUCAUAUUCUCGGUCUCCUGCAGUACAGGUUGGUGCUGCUAAGGUGUUAUCUAUGUUGUUUACAACAGCAGAUUAUGUGCAACCAUAUUUGUCUGGCAAUGUAUGCUUUGGUCUGGAUGAUAAGCAGAUCGCAGAUAUGAGGCAUUUUGUUAAAAGCACAUUAGUUAAGCAGUUGGAAUGGAAUGAAGAUUUAUUUGUUGCUACAGUCAAUCUGCUUACUUAUGCAGCUCGUUAUCAGCCUGCUUAUCUUCUUGCUAUUUUUUCCCUAAAAGAGGAUACAGAGGUCCAGUUGAGUAAUGGUGGUGGCACAAAGCAGCCUAUAAAUGAACUUUCAAAUGGUUCAUUGUGUUCCAAGAAAUCAAGUCUGUUAAAUGGGCUUAUGCAAUAUGUUGAAAGAUCAAACGAAUUUAUUGACAGCAAUCCCCGUGUACUGUUCACUGUUCUUGAUUUCCUCAAGGCACUAUGGCAAGGGGCUGUUCAUUAUAUAUCUAUAUUGGAGUGCCUGAAGAGCUCUGGAAAGUUCUGGAAACAAUUGUCCAAUUGUAUCUCAUCAGAUGCUCGCUCGAUAGCAUCACCUUUUGAGAAUGUCGCUGAAACUCAGUCUCAAAGCUUGGCAUUAAAAUAUCAAUGUCAAUCUGCUAUAUUGGAAAUGAUGGCUCAUGACAUGUUCCUGAAGAAGAAGUUAUUGCAUGCUGAGUCUGUCUUAAAAGAAGUGUCUGAAUUGGAGAGAAAUAAUAAAGCAUCAAGCACAGAAAAAUCAAAAUCAGUAAAUGAUUGUGAGUUGAAAGAUAUCUUGUCAAGCUGGUGGAAGAGACCGAUUUUUGGCAAUCUGAUCAAUUUAUAUGCUUCUUGUGAAUAUGACAAUGAAAUAUCUAAUCGUGCAAAGGUUGCUGCCAGUUUGUUCAUUGUCCAUGCAAUGGGGAAAUUAGUGAUUGGUAAUGCAGGAAGUUUAUCGGUAUCAUUGGUUGAGAAGAUCCAGAUCACUUUUAAACAUUUGAGUUGUCAGCUUGCCUUUUCUGAAUUGUUGGCACAAUACUCUCAGCAGGGUUACAGUGAAGGAAAGGAACUAAAAGGUCUGAUCCUCAACGAUCUCUAUCACCAUUUACAAGGAGAGCUAGAAGGUCGUAAAAUUGGUCCUGGACCGUUUAAGGAACUCUGUCAGUAUCUGGUGGAAUCAAACUGUUUGCUGAGCUAUCAACACAAGUACGGUGGCAAUCAUUAUGGAAACACCAAAGAUACUCACUUGUAUGACCUUAUGCGCAUACGAUCAGAUUUGGGAUUAAAUAUGUGGGAUUAUACAGAUUGGAAAGAUUCAAAAGCAAUUGCACAAACUAUGCUGGAGUGCUUCCAGGAUGCAAAUUCAAUGGUUUUACUAGCUUCUUCAAAGCUUUCUGCACUGAAAGCAUUGCUAACUGCCCUGACCAUGUGGGAAGAUAAUUCACCAGAAAAUAAGGGCACUACUGAGGGGAAGAUUCCUGACCAACUCUGCUUUUCAUGCAUCAACAACAUAUGCAAAUCUUUUCGCACCACAGUGGAAUCACUAGCUCCAGUUCUGGAUGCCUCUGAAGAGAUUCUUGAUUUCCUUGCUGCACUAGCAGAAUUAAUUCUACAUCUCAUGAAAUCUGCGCAGAGCAACCUAUCUUUAUCUGUUUGUAUACUUGUCUUGAAAACGUCAGGUUCUGGCCUCAAAUUGCUGAGUGAUUUCAGGUCAUCUGUUACUGGGGUUAAAAAAACAAUGAAGCUUCUGCUCAUGCUGCUUCUUUUCACUUUGGAGAUUAGUAAUACUUCAGAUAAGGAAUCUGAAGACUUUGCUGAGGUUUCAAAUGGUUGUCUGGGGCUUUUGCCUAUCCUAUGCAAUUGCAUCACAGCUACUGAGCAUUGUUCCCUCUCGUUGGCUACCAUUGACUUAGUACUGACAAGUUUUUUGACACCUAACACUUGGUUCCCCAUCAUACAGAAACAUCUCCAAUUACCUCGUGUCAUUCUGAAAGUUCAUGAUAAAAGUUCUUUCUCAUCUGUUCCAGUUACAUUGAAGCUCCUUCUGACUCUGGCACGUGUGAGAGGAGGUGCUGAAAUGCUCCUUAGUGCUGGUUUCUUCUCAUCUCUUAGAGUUUUGUUUGCAGACUCAUCAGAUGUUGGGCUUUCCACAGUUAUGACCAAUGAUAGUGGCUUCCUAAAGUCUUCUGACAAAAUAGAAAAGCCUCAAUCUAUUUGGGGCCUUGGCUUGGCAGUGAUCGUAGCUAUGGUUCAAUCUUUAGGAGACAGUUCUUCUUAUACUGAUAUUCUGGACAACGUGAUACCUUAUGUUUUUUCAGAGAAAGCUGAUCUGAUUUCUUAUUAUCUCAGUGCACCUGACUUUCCAUCUGAUAGUCAUGACAAGAAAAGACCACGAGCGAAAAAGACAGAGACUUCUCUGAGUGCUCUUAAAGAAACAGAACAUACUCUCAUGUUGAUGUGUGCGCUAUCGAGACAUUGGAGGUCAUGGGUUAAGGUCAUGAAAGAAAUGGAUUCAGAGCUGCGGGAGAAAAGUAUUCAUUUAUUAGCCUUUAUUAGCAGAGGAACUCAUCGCUUUGGGGAAUCUUCCAGCAGAACUGCCCCCCUCUUAUGCGCUCCUAUCCUCAAAGAGGAGUUAGAGUGCUGCAAGGAACCAUCAUUUCUAAACAGCAGGAAUGGAUGGUUUGCUCUUUCACCUGUCUGUUGUGUGUCAAAGCUCAAGUCUUCUGCUUUCUCAGCCAACAGUAGUGCAUUUGUAGUCAAGGGACAGUCAACUGAAAUUACCAAUCCAGUUUCUCCAACAUAUUUUUCAGACUUGGUUGCCCUGGAGAUCUACAGGAUUGCUUAUCUUCUCUUGAAAUAUCUCUCUAUGGAAGCAGAAGGUGCUGCUAAAAGGUCCGAGGAAAUGGGGUUUGUUGAUCUUGCUCAGAUUCCUGAGCUGCCGAUGCCAGACCUAUUGCAUGGCUUGCAGGAUCAAGCAGUCGCAAUUGUUUCUGAACUGUGUGGUUCAAACAAAUCAAAGCAUAUGAAUCCUGAAAUCAAAUCAGUCUGUCUCUUACUACUACAAAUAAUGGAGAUGGCCCUGUAUUUGGAGCUCUGCGUUUUUCAGAUUUGUGGCAUAAGACCUGUAUUAGGGCGCGUGGAGGAUUUUUCAAAGGAAGUGAAAUUGUUAUUAAAAGCCAUGGAAGGGCAUGCGUUCAUAAAAGCAUCAGUGACAUCCUUGAAACACAUAAUAUCUCUUGUCUAUCCUGGAUUGUUACAGACCGAAGGUUUCCUGUGAAGCACUUGUGGAAGAAUAGCUUAACUUAGUUGGGUUGGUGACGGAUUAUGAAAAUUGUGUACAGAUAUCAGAUGUUGGCAUGCCCAAUAUUUUCGUAAGAUUAGAAUGAAAAAUUCUGCUAGCCAUUAUUAACAUGUGUACAAUAUCGGAACCAUACAGCGUCACCUAGAUUUUCUUGGUUCCUCGAUUUAAGCUGAGGAAUAUCACGCAAAAAACAUGAAAAUGGCCCCAAAUGUCAUGAAUCUUGCUUUGUCCUGUAGUCAUCUUCCUUUCGUGAUUUAAAGGUAUCGUGUUGCAAGAGAUGCACUGUUGUAAUCACGUGGGGAAAUGGAUAGAUCUAGGGGCCUGUUUUUUCUCUUUUGUGCUGGGACCCUGCCCCUUUGCAUGCGUGAUGCCUCGAAGUAGAAUGUAUUUUCGGCGAGUCAAUUGUUGUAAAUACAAAGCUUUCGAUUAUACUAUCUUCUAAAAAAUUACAGAAA